UCAAAACAUAUGCUUUGUGCAUAUAUAAACAUUCUAAAUUUGAAGAGAAGCCGGAAAAUUAUUUUUCUUGCCAUACAAUAGAAUAUUCAUAAUGUUAUCAACAAAUUUAUUAUCAAAGUGUUUUACGGUUUCUAAGAAACAAGUUUUCAACGCAAAACUAAUACCAUUACUGUCGUUUUCUACAAAGGUACCUCCUGAAAAACCAUUAAGUCCUCGCAUGGAGGAAUUUCAGAAAAAACUACGAGAAAAAACGCCUAUCGGUAAACUUGAUGAAAUUGCAGGCAAGCACCCUAAUCAAGAAAAGGAACCCUUAGAGCCGUGGCCCGAUAAUACUAACCCAAGCACAGGUGAAAUCGGUGGCCCUCGAGGACCAGAGCCUACUCGUUAUGGAGAUUGGGAACGUAAGGGACGAGUUUCUGAUUUUUGAAGUGUUUUACCAUUGAUACAAAAAAGAAAAAAUUGUUCAGUCAUCGCGGCACGUAAUUGAUACGUGUCAUAGGUAUUUGAAUCAGCCGUUUUUACUAUAUUAAGGCUAGUUGCAAGCUUAAAUAAACGUAUUUCGUAUCAGCA